AUGCAGCGAUUGCCAGCCACCUUGUACCGCAAAAUUGCACGUUCGGCGUCAUGCGACGUGUUCAUAAACCACCGUUGCAUCGACACGAAGAGGAACGUGGCGGGGUUACUCUACGAUCGCUUGACAAAGUUGGGAGCGAGCUCGUUCUUGGACAGCAUGAACAUGAAACCAGGGGACAAGUUGUUUGAUCACAUUGAUAGGGGGAUUCUCAGGUGCAAGGUUGGUGUAGCAGUGUUUUCUCCACGUUAUUGUGAGUCUUAUUUCUGUCUCCAUGAGUUGGCUCUUCUCAUGGAGUCCAAGAAGAGGGUUAUUCCCAUCUUCUAUGAUAUUAAGCCUUCGCAACUCAUGGUCAAGGACAAUGGAACUUGCAAUGCUAAAGAGCUUCAAAGGUUCCGUUCUGCACUUGAGGAAGCUAAAUACACUGUUGGAUUAACCUUUGAUCCUGUCAAAGGGGACUGGUCAAAGCUGUUAAAGGAUGCUUCAGAGGCAGUGAUCAUGAACUUGCUAGAGGUAGAGGAAGAGCAUAAGCGCAAGCAGAAGAAAUAUUGAUCACAGUUUUUUAUUAGUUGAGUCGGUCACAUUAAUAAAUUUGUUUAUUUUAAAAAAAAAUAUCAGAUCCACCACUAGGAGAGAAUUUUAACUUUCCUUGAGCCUAGUGGGAAAUUAUGAGAGUAAUUGUUAAGAAAGAGUCAGAUCUAUAGAUCAUCUCAUGUCACAUUAUUCAUCUAACAUCACUCAUCACUACCUGCAGAAAUCGUUUAUUUCUUUGGUUCGGUUUUUUUAUUUUUUAUUUUUUUAUGCAGUCUUGAAAAAAUUCAAUACUCGCAGUUUAGUUAGUUCAGGUUUCAGCUCAAUUUAGUUUUUUUCAAGUGCAAUUCCCAUGAAGUUGUAUCAUCUUACCCCCAAUCCCUUAAUUUGGGACUAUGGGGUAGUUUUUAACAAUUGUUCAGUCUUCAAUUCAAUAAAAUUGCAGUUUGUUUGUACUC